UGUGCGUGCUCUUCUGCUCCUCUGUCCCGUACUCCCCGUCGCACGUUUCUGCAGCUGCAGCUUCCCCGUCGAGCACGCGUGCAGGGGAGGUAGUAGCCGCUAGCCGGAGACAAGAUGGUCAUUGGCGGAGCCGGAGCAGAUGGUGGUGGUGGCUUGCCGGAGGGCAGCACCGCGCAGCCGGACUUCGAGGAGCCCCUCCUCCAGGCCCACGCCGCCGUGCCGGCCCGCGGCAAGCAGGAGCCGGCGGAGCGCGACCACGAGGCGCAGUGCUCGCCGCAGGCCGACGUCGACGACGACGGCGGCGCCACCUUCGUGCGCACCUGCUUCAACGGCCUCAACGCGCUAUCAGGCGAGUAGAGAGAACGAGUCGAUCUUUGGUCGUGGAACUGUUCGUUCGGUUUGGUGUAAUGUAACACGAAUUGAUCUUGGUUUGGGUUCAGGUGUUGGGCUACUGUCGAUUCCGUACGCCUUGUCGGAGGGCGGGUGGCUGAGCCUGGUGCUCCUGCUCGCCGUCGCGAUGGUCUGCUUCUACACCGGCCUGCUCCUGCGGCGGUGCAUGGCCGCGUCGCCGACCGUGCUGGGUUACCCGGACAUCGGCGCGCUCGCGUUCGGCGCCAAGGGACGGCUCGCCGUGUCGGCGUUCCUGUACGCCGAGCUCUACCUCGUCGCCAUCGGGUUCCUGAUACUGGAGGGGGACAACCUGGACAAGCUGUUCCCGGGCACCAGCCUCAGCGUCGGCGGGCUCGUGGUGUCCGGGAAGCAGCUGUUCGUCGUGCUCGUCGCCGUCGUCAUCCUGCCGACGACGUGGCUGAGGAGCCUCGCCGUGCUCGCGUACGUGUCGGCCAGCGGUGUGCUCGCGUCCGUCGUCGUGGUUUUCUGCGUGCUGUGGGUAGCGGUGGUCGACGGCGUCGGGUUUCACGGGAAGGGGAGGAUGCUGAAUGUCAGUGGCCUGCCUACUGCUCUUGGUCUAUACACGUUCUGCUACUGCGGCCAUGCCAUAUUCCCCACUCUGUGCAAUUCCAUGAAGGAAAAGGACAAGUUCUCCAAGGUACUGGUCAUAUGCUUCGUCGCCUGCACCCUCAACUACGGAUCCAUGGCCAUACUCGGCUACCUCAUGUACGGCGACGACGUCAAAUCUCAGGUGACACUAAACCUCCCGGAGGGAAAGAUCAGCUCCAAGCUGGCGAUCUACACGACGCUGAUCAACCCCUUCUCCAAGUACGCACUGAUGGUGACCCCGGUCGCGACGGCGAUCGAGGAGAGGCUGCUGGCCGGCAACAAGAGGUCCGUCAACGUGCUGAUCAGAACCCUCAUCGUCGUCAGCACGGUGGUCAUCGCCCUGACGGUCCCCUUCUUCGGCCACCUCAUGGCGCUCGUCGGCUCGCUGCUCAGCGUCAUGGCCUCCAUGCUGCUCCCGUGCAUCUGCUACCUCAAGAUCUUCGGCCUGACGCGAUGCGGCAGGGCCGAGACCUUGCUGAUCGCCACAAUCAUCGUCCUCGGCUCGUUGGUUGCCGCGACGGGGACGUACUCUUCUCUGAAGAAGAUUUUCUAUGAGUUCUGAAGUCAAGACUCAGGAGCUGGAGCUGCACAUCAAUGUCCUAAUUGGUGUACGUUUUUGUAGCAAGGCAAUUCCUUGUCGCAUCUCAACGUCAGCGCUCAGCAGAGUAGUUUGAUUAAAUCGAGAAAUUCUGUAGAGGAGACAGGGUAGUACAGAUAAGAAGGGUGCUACAUUUGGGCAUCGUAAGUAUGUCUUAGCUAUUGAUCUUCUAUUUCUGCAGCUAGAAAUACAACUAGUCAAAAUGCCAAAUGAUAUUAUAGGAGAUCACUCCAUCCGAAGUUCUGUUGUAUCUUGUUAGAACCUGCAUGUGUUGAACCAUUUUAUUACAGCUGUCGCCUGUCUGGAUUUUGUUGCUCAUUGCUUUCAAAUAUUUGGGCUGAACUCUUAACAGAUCACGAUUGUCUCUUUGGAAAAAAGAAACUUUGGAGUAAAUUAAGU